CUUAGCUGAGCAGCAGGAAGGAAAGCUUGAAACAGGAUUUCCCAGCCCCUGAUGCCUGGCAGCUGCUCGCAGUGGUGUCCGCGAGGUGCCUUGCAGGAUGUGGACUGAAGGCGAGUCAGAGGGACUCCAGACUUUGGGGAUUGUGGUGGUGGUGUGCUCCUCUCUGAAACUUUUGCACUACCUCGGGCUGAUUGACUUGUCAGAUGAUAAAAUUGAAGAUGAAUUAGAAAUGACGACAGUGUGCCAUAGACCUGAGGGACUGGAACAGCUUGAAGCACAAACCAAUUUCACUAAAAGAGAACUUCAAGUUCUUUACAGAGGAUUUAAAAAUGAAUGUCCUAGUGGGGUUGUUAAUGAAGAAACAUUCAAGCAGAUCUAUGCACAGUUUUUUCCUCAUGGAGAUGCCAGCACGUAUGCACAUUACCUCUUCAACGCCUUCGACACUGCCCAGAACGGCUCCGUGAAGUUCGAGGAUUUUGUGAUGGCAUUGUCCAUCCUGCUACGGGGAACUGUUCACGAAAAGCUGAGAUGGACAUUUAAUCUGUAUGACAUAAAUAAGGAUGGCUAUAUAAACAAGGAGGAAAUGAUGGAUAUCGUAAAGGCAAUUUAUGAUAUGAUGGGAAAAUACACAUAUCCAGUACUCAAGGAAGAUGCACCAAGGCAGCACGUAGAAGUGUUUUUCCAGAAAAUGGAUAAAAACAAAGAUGGAGUUGUAACUCUAGAUGAGUUUAUUGAAUCGUGUCAGGAGGAUGACAAUAUCAUGCGAUCCUUACAGCUCUUUGAGAAUGUCAUGUAACCAGACGAGCACUGGAGGAGUCGAGACUUCUGUGUAACAAAGAUCUCCUUUCUGGGUGAAAGAUUUUACAAUUGAGCCAUGUCCAGUGUGUGAGGAUUUUGUAUGACAUGUCCAACCAAAUGGCAACUGAAUGCAGCCAAUCCCACCGCUUCUCCCCAGAAGAUGCUGGUGGACCUUUGUUUCGUUUUGGAAGCAUGUGAAUAUUUUAAUAAAUCCCGACAAGAGAGAACUGAUGCUCGAAGUUCAAUGAGUAAUACAGAGCAUUGUUUGCUAGGCACAAGUCCUGCUUUUACUCUAGCAAGCUUAAUUCCCUAUGAUAGCACAUGUUGAUAGCUAUUGGCCAUCUACUGCAAGUGACAUCUCAGUCCAUACCUCUGUUCAGCACAAUAUUCCGUGGAUGCCUUGCCGUUAAUCUGCUUUGACAAAACCCCAAUCUACCAGGGCAGUCUGUGAAAAAAUAUGAACAGUCAAUGUACCUGGGACAUUAAACAGACAGCCCAUGUAGCCAGUAUCCCCAUUCCUGCAGAGACCCUGCUUAUCCUCUCACAUGCACUGGUGCCACCACGCUGAGUUCAGUGGAGUUCUUCCUGAGCAUAUCAACCAGGUGAUUUUCGUGCCAGGGUGAGCCAGAAAGGAGCAGAACGUGUUGCACAUAUUAAUAUAAAAGUACAGAACAAAUUCUGUUCAGGGAUGGGAAGUUCCCAAGAGACCAGGCAGGUGUGUAAGGGCUGGUACAGAAAGAUGAACACCUGCUGAGUCCCAGGAACACCAGGUGAUGCUCCACUGUGCAUCUCAACAGCACUCUGGCCAUGUGCUCUGGUCCUUUUGCUAUAGUUUGGCACACACUUCCUAGGUUCAUCACUGGAUGUUACAGUCUUGCUCCUUUAUGGAUUUAUUUAAGCUUUCUUGUUUGAUUUAGUGAAUGACAAAGAUGCAUCUGUGUUUCUACAUACAGACCUUGGCACCCAGAAGGUGCCCAGUACAUUUGGUUGGGAGCUCUUGAAUUGUUAUUAGCCUCAGAAUCAGCUGCCAGGCCUGUAUUUUUUUCCUAAUGGCAGUAGCAUGCCUUGUACAAGCCCCAUUUCUUUGCUAAUGCCACGUAGAGUAUUGGUUUAGGGGUUUGGCUUUUUAAUUAAUAAAACAGAAAAGGUCAUGUAGUGAAUUUACACCACGGUUGGGUGAUUGGUCAGCUGGGGAAUGUCAGAGCUGUCUGUGAAGAAGCCUCUUACGAAGGCUGACCCGCCAGAGUGCCAGUGCCAUCUCCAGGCAGACAGUGGCUGAGAAGGGAAGGAGGGAGCAGCCAACCUUUCCAGCUGCUCACACCAUGCAGAUGGGACAGCCCCUGCCAUAGUGCUGCAUCACUCUCGUCCAGUAAGCAUCUCUUUUAUUGUGUCACAUACUGUAUUACAGACAAACUGUUAGUACUGAAGAUAUAUUUAAAAAGUUAUGUAAGCGGAAGGUUUUUACAAUACAGAAUAUAUAGAAUGCCUCAGUUCUGUAGCCCUAAUUGUAUAAAAAUUCAAUCUGUUGAAGUAUUCCUGAUUACAGACGGAUGUAGGUCUGUAUAAUGGCAAUGCCAAUUCCCCAAGAUGGGGCAUUUUCCCCUUUUACUGUGCUCCACCAUACACUUCUGUGUGGUCUUAACUUUAUUUCUUUAAGUUGUCCCCUUGUCAGCAAAAGUGCUGUUCAAGGGAAGUUAGAUGUCUGCAGGGAUGACACCUUCUGAAUGACAUCUUGUUUACUGCCUUUCAUACAAAUACCAUUGAGGAAUUCCUCCCAGCAGCAAUCCAGCAGCUCUGGUGAGGGGCUGGGAUUUGCAGGAGGGAUUUCCAUGUGGUGGGAGUACCUUUCCUCCAGUUGCUGGGUAAUGUCAUUUAGGCUUUAUUUAACAGGCACUUGGUAAAGGCAUCAGUUGUAGCUGAAAUAAUACACAGUUUACACCACUCCUUCUUGAUUCUUUUUGCAAUCACUUAGGCAAAUGACAGAAUUUAAUAUAAUUACCAGGUUUUCCCUCCCGCAAAACUGCUUAGUCCAUUAUUCUAAGCAGUUCACUUCAGCAGAGGGAGAAGUAGUCAGGACAAUGGAAAUUAAGCAUUUGAAUCAGGCUAGCACAGUGCCUUUUUCCUCUAAUAGUCUUGCUUCAAGGGUGCUUAUGAGAUGGCACAUACAGACAGAAAUGUUUGGAAUGUGCCCUUUUCAAAAGAAAAUGUUAUUAGUUGCAUGGUGCCAUUGUCCCUGAAGCUAAAUUAAUUUCUGGAGUUGCUGUGAUGAAUUUGGCCUCAGCUGUGUUUCCUGGCCCUGCUGGCAGCAGUUCUGUGGGAGCUGCCUUUGUCACCAGGGCUGUCACUGCUUUCUGCUGAGUGUGGCUCCAGCUGAGCAGCAAACAUCUGGUGUCACUGGCAGUGCACGCUGACUGCAUUGCUGAAACCAAGUAGUGGUACUGACCCUGCACUUCUGCCAUCUCCUUUGCUGCUCCACGGUGCCUGCUUUUCACUGCCAAGAGCCGUGAGGGUGUGUGGGUACACGCGGAGUCUUUGCAUCAAAUAGAAAAGUAGGGACAAAACUCAUUCAACCUGUAUUAGGUAAAAGUCACUGUAGCAUUUACUGUAAGGGUAAGAAACGGAGGGUUUUACAAAGGGCUGCUCUUUGGCAGCCCAGAGUAAAACAACACGUGAGCUAGAGCAAUGGGGUAAGAGAGGAGGGGAGAGGGGAAGA